AAUAAACCUAAUUACUACCCCCCAAAAUCCCAGAGUGAUGGAGAUGGGAUACACAUAUCCAGAGAACUUGGAACCCCUGUGUCUGCUCAUUCCACAUUAACCUCUCCUUUUCCUCUCGAUGCAGGUCUUGGCCACUCCACUGAACUGGCAUUUGCUGUGGAGCCAAGUGAUGAUGUUGCAGUCCCUGGGCAGCCUGUCGUGCUAGGCUGCGAGGUGGAGGGGACCCCUCCAGUGCGAAUCACCUGGAGGAAGAAUGGGGUGGAGCUGCCAGAGAGUACCCACUCCACUGUACUGGCCAACGGGUCCUUGAUGAUCCACCACUUCCUGCUGGAUCGAGGAGGCAGCCCUUCGGAUGAGGGUGACUAUGAGUGUGUGGCUCAGAAUCGCUUUGGGCUGGUGGUCAGCCGGAAGGCUCGAAUCCAGGCUGCAACCAUGUCCGACUUCCACGUGCAUCCCCAGGCCACUGUGGGUGAAGAGGGCGGAGUGGCCCGCUUCCAGUGCCAAAUCCACGGGCUUCCCAAACCCCUGAUCACCUGGGAGAAGAACAGAGUCCCCAUCAACACGGACAAUGAGAGGUACACACUGCUGCCCAAGGGAGUCCUGCAGAUCACAGGACUUCGAGCUGAGGACAGCGGCGUCUUCCACUGUGUGGCCUCAAACAUCGCCAGCGUCCGGGUCAGCCACGGGGCCAGGCUCACUGUGUCGGGCUCGGGCUCCGGGGCCUACAAGGAGCCUACGAUCCUCGUGGGGCCUGAGAACCUCACCCUGACCGUGCACCAGACCGCUGUGCUCGAGUGUGUCGCCACGGGCAACCCGCGCCCCAUUGUGUCCUGGAGCCGCCUGGAUGGCCGUCCCAUCGGGGUGGAGGGCAUCCAGGUGCUCGGCACAGGGAACCUCAUUAUCUCAGACGUGACUGUCCAGCACUCAGGCGUCUACGUCUGUGCGGCCAACAGGCCCGGCACCCGGGUGAGGAGAACAGCACAGGGCCGGCUGGUGGUGCAAGCCCCAGCAGAGUUUGUCCAGCACCCCCAGUCCAUCUCCAGGCCAGCUGGGACCACAGCCAUGUUCACCUGCCAAGCCCAGGGUGAGCCGCCCCCUCACGUCACGUGGCUGAAGAAUGGGCAGGUGCUGGGGCCCGGAGGUCACGUCAGGCUCAAAAAUAACAACAGCACCCUGACCAUCUCAGGAAUCGGCCCUGAAGAUGAGGCCAUCUACCAGUGCGUGGCCGAGAACAGCGCCGGCUCCUCUCAGGCCAGUGCCAGGCUGACAGUGCUGUGGGCUGAGGGGCUGCCCGGGCCCCCCCUCAACGUGCGGGCCGUCUCUGUGUCGUCCACGGAGGUCCGCGUGUCCUGGAACGAGCCCCUGGUCAAUACCAAGGAGAUCAUCGGCUAUGUCCUGCACAUCAGGAAGGCUGCCGAUCCCCCAGAGCUGGAGUACCAGGAAGCAGUCAGCAAGAGCACCUUUCAGCACCUGGUGAGCGACCUGGAGCCCUCCACUGCCUACAGCUUCUACAUCAAGGCCUACACGCCCCGGGGUGCCAGCUCCGCCUCUGUCUCAACGCUGGCGAGCACUCUAGGCGAAGCCCCUGCCCCACCCCCGCUGUCAGUGCGGGUUGUGGGCAGCUCCACCCUGCAGCUGCUGUGGGAGCCCUGGCCCCGGCUAGCCCAGCACGAGGGUGGCUUCAAGCUGUUUUACCGCCCAGCAAGCAAAGCCUCCUUCAAUGGCCCCAUCCUGCUGCCUGGAACUGUCUCCUCCUACAACCUCAGCCAGCUCGACCCCACUGCAGUGUACGAGGUGAAGCUGCUCGCCUACAACCAGCACGGGGAUGGCAAUGCCACAGUCCGCUUCGUGUCUUUGAGAGGAGCAUCUGAGAGGACAGCCCUCGAGCCCACCCUGUGGACUGCCGGAAGGAGGAGGCCACCAACCAGACGUCCACCACAGGCAUCGUCAUCGGCAUGCCGGAAGGAGGAGGCCACCAACCAGACGUCCACCACAGGCAUCGUCAUCGGCAUCCACAUCGGGGUCACCUGCAUCAUCUUCUGUGUCCUCUUCCUCCUGUUUGGCCAAAGGGGCAGGGUCCUCUUGUGUAAAGAUGUAGAAAACCAGCUGUCCCCUCCUCAGGGCCCCCGGAGCCAGAGGGACCCUGGCAUCCUGGCACUGAAUGGGGCGGGACGGGGAGAGUGGGGCCAGAUGGGCCGAGAUGAGAAACGUGUGGACAUGAAGGAACUGGAGCAGCUGUUCCCCCGAGCUGGGGCCGUGGGGCCGCCAGACCCCAGACCCAUGGAUCCCGAGGCCCCUGCCCCGUGUGAGGAGACCCAGCUCUCCGUGCUGCCACUUCAGGGGUUCACCCUCCUGGAGGACAUGACAUCAGAGGCCAAGGCCCCCGGUGUAGGCCCCCCAGCUGCCCUGCCAUCCCAGGACAUCAGCCCUGGCCUCCUGAGUGAAGGACCAGCCGCCCAGCCAGCCCACUCGGGACAGUAGCCAGUGUCCAGCAGGCUCUGGAGGGAGCAAACCCCGUUCUCAGGUCAAAGGCAAGAUUUCUCCCGUCAUGUGGGCUUCAGAUGGGGGCUUCCCAGCAUUUCUGUCCUGACUGCUCCUCAGAUGCUCAGGACCUACAGUAGCACCGUGGCAGGGAACCCCCCACCCCGCCAAGGACCCGGAGGGAAUCCUGCAGAAGCCCCUCCCUUGGGCCAGGGGCACCCCCCAACCUCUGCCUGGUACCCAUGUGACUUGGAACUGAACUAAUGGUUUUCUUUUAAAAAAAAUAACAAACUUGAAAUCCAAAAAAAAAAAAAAAAAAAGAGAGAGAGAGAGAGAAGAGAGAAGGUGAAUUAGACUCCAAAAACGCCCCUGCUGUGGCUGGGCCCCGACACGGUCAACCCUCCACGACCUUGUUUUCUCAGGAUGGAUUUUUGCUGUUUUGGCGCUCAGCACCUACCUCAGCCGGAAUGAAUGUCCUCGGGGGAGUGGGGUCGUGGCCUCAGCCCCCUGCCCCACAGAGCCCCGAAUGCACUCCUACCUCAAGCCCCUUUAGGGGCACGCCCUCUCCCUCCCUACAUUGUUGUCCAGAGUUUAAAAAAAAAAAAAAGAAAAAAAAAGCACUUCCCUAUUUCCAGGUGUGAAAGAAAAUGUCUACCUCGAGGCUCGCUGGCUCUCGGGCCUGUGUUGUAUCACUGGACCCUCCCUCCCGGCUCCUCACCAAGGGUGGGCCUCUUGGGGCCUGCAGAAAUAACGAUGGAAUUGGUCAAAGAAAAUGUGAAAAAAAAAAAGCCAAACAUAAGAGGAAAAUUGGUUCCUGGGAGUAUCAAUUGUUGCUCCAGACUAGCCACCUCCCCGCACGCUGUUGGUGCUCCCGUCCCGUCUGCGUGUCCACUUCUGUGUUGACCCUCUCGGCCGACUCCUCCUUGACUGGCUGGGACCCCCAGACCCUCUCUGCGCCUGGACCUCGGAGGGUGGGACGUCACCCCGCAGCCUGCCUCCUGUCCCGCCCGGACACAGAGCCGGCUCCUAGGGUGCACUGUGUGUGCGGGGGGCUGUGUGUGUGCCGGGGGGGUCCCCAGCCCUCUGUCCCAUGGGACACCGCCAGCCUGACCCACCUCCCCCAAGGCAGUGGAGCCACCACGGUCAGCAGAUGUGGCCGGAAGCUAUUUUUCUACAAGUUGUGUCUAAGGAUUUAUGUUCUUGUGACUUUUUGUUUCUCUUUUCUGUUGUGGUGUUCUUUGAAAGACUUAGUUAAAGAGAAAGGACAAAAAAAAAACAAGGAAACAAAAUCCUAUUUUUGGUUACACUCAGAAACAUUUUUUUAAAUAGCAGAAAGGAAACUUUUUUUUAAAGGAGAAAAAGAUGUGUAUUCCUUAAAUAUGCGAUUAGACCAUAAAGUCCCUGACCCCCAACCCCUCUAGGGACCCCCCAACCCCAGACUUUAGUUAAUUAGCUGAGGAAGGUAGAUUUGGUGGUGUUUUUCUAGAAGACGGGAGUCUUGUCCAGGUGGACUUGGGGAAGGGCGGUGGUCCCUUCUCCCAAAUGCAGGGCCUGAGCUGAGGGCACCUCAGACCUCCCAGGCAGUGCCCCUCGGUUCCCAGUCCUCGGUCCUUGCAGCGACUUCUCUGCAUCCCCUUUCAUCCUGGAACCCCCCUCUCCCAUGGGAAGGGUGGGUCUGGGAGAGGAGGGACGAGGGCCACCUGCCCUGUCUUGGGUUUUGUCACACUCAUUUUUAACUGAAUAAAAGUCCUGUUGCCAAAGUGAA